CUCUCCCUCGGGACGAACGUCCUCAUUACGCUCCUCCUCGCCGGGCGGAUAUACUACCUCGCCUGGAAGCUCCACCGCGGCUUCCCGAAGUCGCAAAGGAAGAAGUACAUGAGCACCGUGGGCAUCAUCGUCGAGUCGGGCGCGCUCUUCCUCGCGGCGCAGGUCACGCUCGUGGCCAUUUUCGCCGUGCACAGCUCCGCAGUGUGGAUCCUCAUCAACUCGGUCGCCCAGCUCUACUGCAUUGCACCUACGCUCAUUAUCGUGCGCGUCGGCUUUGGGUGGUCU